GCUUAAGCUGUCUUUCAUUUUAACUUCUGUUCCUCUCCACUCAUAAAAGGUCAUCGGCGGCGCUUGGGCUUGCUCUUUUAAUUCGACUUUAAAGACGUUGAAAGAUAGAUACCAAGGAAAAUGGCUUCAAAAGAUAGGAACGCGAAACCUGCCUCCGCUGCAGUGAACUUGGUUGCUGGUGGUGGAGCGGGAAUGAUGGAGGCCUUAGUGUGUCAUCCUUUAGAUACCGUGAAAGUUCGAAUGCAGCUUUCGAAAAAAUCCCGCGCACCGGGAGUUAAACCCCGUGGGUUCAUCGCAACCGGGCAAGAAAUUGUGCGAAGGGAAACCGUUCUCGGUUUGUACAAGGGCCUCGGUGCUGUGUUGAGUGGAAUUAUCCCCAAGAUGGCUAUCCGAUUCACUUCCUAUGGGUGGUACAAGCAAAUGCUUGCAGAUAAGGAGACAGGAAAAUUGAGCAGCUCUCGCAACAUGCUUGCCGGUCUUGCUGCGGGUGUCACUGAAGCCGUAGCUGUCGUCACGCCUAUGGAAGUCAUCAAGAUUCGUCUCCAAGCCCAAAGCCACAGUUUGGCUGAUCCCUUGGAUACUCCCAAGUAUCGCAGUGCUCCGCAUGCUCUGUUGGUGGUUUUGAGGGAAGAAGGUUUCGGCGCUCUCUAUCGUGGUGUGUCGCUCACUGCUCUCCGACAGGGUACCAACCAGGCGGCCAAUUUCACCGCGUACACGGAGAUGAAGAAGCUGUUGCAAGAAUGGCAACCCCAGUAUACGGAACUUCCAUCCUACCAGACCAUGGUUAUCGGUCUUAUUUCUGGUGCAAUGGGUCCGUUCUCCAACGCGCCCAUUGACACGAUCAAGACGCGGUUGCAGCGCACGCCAAGUCAGCCCGGACAGUCGGCCAUGUCACGCAUCGUGUCGAUCUCCAGUGAUAUGUUCAAACAAGAAGGUGCUAGAGCCUUUUAUAAGGGUAUCACACCACGAGUUAUGAGAGUUGCACCCGGCCAGGCUGUCACAUUCACGGUGUAUGAGUUCCUGAGGGAAAAGAUGGAAAAAUCCACCCUUCCCAUCGUCGGUGGAAAAUAUGAGGAAUAAACGAAAUCGAACAGAACAAUCGCUCUCGUUGAAGAUGGCGCGGACUGCGGCAUCAGAGGCUCACCUGCAGGUCCAGCGGAGCGCUUUGGGAUCCUCCAAUCCGGCCGUCUUAUCCCACUCUUGACAAAACAAAGAUUCGGGAAAUAGACAUAUCCAUAUCAAUUUUUUCCGGUCAUGUAUAUAUACCGACUUUUCCCUUUUUUUUCCUUUUUUCUUUUUUCUAGUGUUUCUUGAUUUCCCUUUUACUCUUUCUUUUGGACAUUUUCAAGGUGUUCGAGCGGCUUGCAUCUCGCAUUUCUUGCAAAUCUUGGACGACACUCUUGUGACAUACACCUGAUAGACUUGGUUGCUUCUUGGGUACAAAAAGCGUGUGAUGUGUAUGUAUGUACAUACAUUGA